AUGCCCUGGACGGGAGGUCAGUCCAUCGCAGGGACUGCGAAGGAAGGUCCUCUCGGGGUGUUCUGGCAGAAGGAUACCAUGACGUCUUGGAGAAAAGUUGAUGCUUUUGUCCUGCUUUGUGUCCUUGUGGUAGUGAAUGCAUUGGUGGAUUCAGAUGAUGUCAUCACAAGGGAUGAGCAGAUCUACCUGCUGAUUGGAGCCAGGGCCAAGUGCGAGAGAAGCAUCCGAUCCCAGAUGGGCACCGUGAGAGACGACGACUGCGCGCCAGAGUGGGACGGCAUCAUCUGCUGGCCGAAAGGGAAGCCCAGCCAGCUGGUGUCAGCGCUCUGCCCAGACUACGUCUAUGACUUCAACCACAGAGGUCAGGCCUACCGCCAGUGCGACCCCAGCGGGAACUGGGAGCAGGUGCCGAGCAUCAACAGGACCUGGGCCAACUACACGGAAUGCACCACGUACCUGCUGUCCAGCCGCAGGAACCAGAAGGAGGAGGUGUUUCAGCGCCUGCAUCUGAUCUACACCAUUGGCUACUCCGUUUCGCUGGUUUCCCUGCUCGUGGCCAUCGCCGUUCUCUGCUACUUCAAACGACUCCACUGCACCCGCAAUUACAUCCACGUCCACCUCUUCGCCUCCUUCGUUUGCCGGGCCGUUAGCAUCUUCGCGAAGGACGCCGUGCUGUACGCGGCGUCCGGCGACGGCAAACCCGAGGACGACGGCGUGGGACGCGGGCCCCACAUGGUGGGCUGCAAGGUGGGCGUGACCCUCUUCCUGUACUUCCUGGCCACCAACCACUACUGGAUCUUGGUUGAAGGGCUCUACCUGCACAGCCUAAUUUUCAUGGCUUUUCUUCCAGACAAGAACUACCUGUGGGCGCUGACCAUCAUUGGCUGGGGCGUCCCCGCGGUUUUUGUGUCCAUCUGGGUCAGCGUUCGAGCGUCCCUUGCUGACACUCAGUGCUGGGACAUCAGCGCUGGAAAUCUGAAAUGGAUCUACCAAGUUCCCAUCCUGGCAGCUAUAGUGGUUAACUUUGUCCUGUUCCUCAACAUCGUAAGGGUUCUGGCCUCCAAACUAUGGGAGACCAACACGGGCAAGCUGGACCCCCGUCAGCAGUACAGGAAGCUGCUGAAGUCCACGCUGGUGCUGAUGCCGCUCUUUGGCGUGCACUACAUGGUCUUCAUGGCCCUUCCCUACACGGAGGUGUCCGGCCUCCUCUGGCAGGUGCAGAUGCACUAUGAGAUGUUCUUCAACUCCUUUCAGGGAUUCUUUGUGGCUUUCAUCUACUGUUUCUGCAACGGAGAGGUACAGGCAGAGGUGAAGAAAGCCUGGCUGAGGCGUAGCCUGGAUCUGGACUUCAAGCAGAAGAGCCGUGGCACAAGUAGCGGCGGCAGCUGCUAUUGCGCUGGGCUGAUGUCCCACACCACCAACAGUGUGAACCUGAGCGUGGUGGCCACCAAGAACCUGGGUAUCUCUGCAGGGAGACCACGCCCAGCACUCUUACCUUCUCCGGCCAGCCUACCUCGCGGUGCUCUUAGUGACACGGACCUUUCGCCACCCUCUCGGGGACCGGAGCUCAAGCUGUCUGCAACACUGCUCAACCAUUCCAAGCCCUCAGAGGAACAUGAAGGUGAUGAGAAGACGACGCUGCCAGCUUCCAUCCUAAACGAUCAACGUGUCUCUCUAUCCACGAAAGAAUCUGAGACUAUUCUGUGA